GGCAAAUUCAAAGCCACACCUUCGCGGGGUCCUUAGCACACGGGUUUGUUUACUACACGUCACCAGGAAGUAGAGCUUUCUGGUGCCAAAAUGCAGAGACAGGACACUCAGGAUGCCCCUCUUUUUGGAGAAGAGGAUGAGAAUAACCAGAGAAAAAGGUCCAAAAUGAGACAUCCUCUGGUGUCUUUUUUCCAUCUCUUCUUCCGAACAAGUGCCAUCUUGGUUUAUCUCUUCUGUGACAUUCUCAGCGGUCGCUUUGUUGUCUGCAUGGUCACCAUCAUACUUCUGCUAUCAUGUGACUUCUGGACUGUCAAGAAUGUAUCCGGCAGAUUGUUGGUGGGUCUUCGAUGGUGGAAUCAAGUGGAUGAAAAUGGGAAGAGCCACUGGGUGUUUGAGUCAAAGAAGACGCACAGCAAAAACACAAAGUCCAGCGCAGAAUCCCGGGUAUUCUGGCUCGGCCUUCUUGUCUGCCCCAUUUUCUGGAUCCUGUUUGUGUUCAGCACUGUCUUCUCCUUUAAUAUUAAAUGGCUGGUUGUGGUAAUAUUGGGCUUGGUUUUACAAUGGGCAAACCUGUAUGGUUAUGUCAGGUGCAAGGUGGGUAGAAAGUCUAACCUGAGAAACAUGGCAAAGAACUAUCUCGGUGUCCAGAUUCUUAAACGGGCAACGAAGCAACCAGAAAGUUUUUGAAGUCAGCUGCUGGAUGGGCCUGUUUCUUAUUAAAAAAAAAAGGUGUUUGGUCUUCUUUCACAGCACAUGGGUGAUUUCAAUUCCAGGAAGAGGAUUUGGAUAAGGAAAUCAUUCCUUUUAUCUUGAGGGUGUGCCACUUUGUAGCCUUUGACAACUCAUGCAUUUUUGUAGCCUCAUGGAAAAAUACAUUUUACUGUGCAUUAUUGGGAAAAUGUAUGUAAUUACCUGCUACCUACCCUUUUUAUGGUGUUUGAUAUUGGGUAUUGUAAAGACAAAGUGUUUUGCAGUUUAGCUGUAAAUUUAUACAAAAGUUGGUCAUUUUUGUUAAGGUAUGUUUAUGGGAAAUUAUAUGUUAUGGUAAAUAAGAAAAUAAAGGUUUACUGUCA